AUGUACAGAGUAGCUGUUUGUUAUGAGUUAGGCGUUGGAACUAGAAAGGAUGAUAUAAGAGCAUUCAGCUGGUUUGAAAGAGCCAGCAAAAUAGGUGUUAUUACUGCAAUGUAUAAAUUGGGAAUGUGCUAUCUUAUGGGAGAAUUGAGCCAACAAAAAUCAGCAGCAAAGGCCAUUGAGUAUUUCGAGAAGGCUGCUAAAUCUGCCGAUUUUAAUAAUCCUCAUUCAUUAUACGAGUUGGGUAAAUUAUAUGAAGGAGUUUAUCCAAUUUCAUCUCCAGUCAACAAUUUAUCAAAAUCAGAUGGAAAUUUCAUGAGAGAACUAAGGAAAAUAAUAGUCGAAAUUAAUGAAAAGAAAGCGUUUGAAUACUACCUUAGAGCUGCAAAACUCGAACAUGCACCAAGCCAAAGCAAACUAGGAUGGUGCUAUGAGUAUGGAAAGCUAUGUUGUGUAAUUGAUCCCAAGAGGUCAGUUGGAUGGUACAGUCGAGCAGCAGCUCAAGGGUACGCAUUAGCAGAAAUGGCACUAUGUGGAUGGUAUAUCACAGGAGCCUCGGGAGUGUUGGAGAAGAACGACAAGGAAGCAUAUCUUUGGGCCAGAAGAGCAGCUGAAAAGGGAUUAGCCAAAGCUGAAUAUGCCUUGGGCCAUUUUAGCGAAAAUGGUCUAGGAACUGCAAAAAGCAUUGAGGAGGCCAAAAGAUGGUAUAUGAGAGCAGCAUCCCAAAGGCACCCCAAGGCCAUUCAGAGAUUGCAGAACAUGAGAGGCAAUUGA